AUGUCCAAGACAACCAAAGCAAAAAAACUUAAAAAACUAAACCGUCAUCCCAAGGGAAACAAAAACUUAAAAAAUAGCGAGGGCAACAUCAUCGACGUUCGCAAAUUAAGCAAGUAUUACGUCAGUGGCCAUAACGCGGUUCGCAUUUUAAAAGACAUUUCUCUUUCCAUACCCAAAGGUAAAUUGAUCGUGAUUUACGGUCCUUCGGGCAGCGGUAAGUCAACUUUUUUAAACGUUAUCUCCGGUCUUGAUCGAGCUACGACGGGCGAUGUCAUUGUUAACGAUGUUAAUUUGUCGGCUUUGAAAGACCCCGAAAUGACCCAGUUUCGCCGCGACAACGUUGGUUUUGUUUUUCAAAGUUACAACCUUCUACCCGACUUAAACGCACGGGACAACGUUAAAAUCGGUCAGGUGUUACAAAAAGAUCCUCAGAAAGCGCUUGACGUUGAGGAUCUUUUUAACGACCUUGGCAUCAAAGAAGUUCUCAACCAAGACAUCCGUAACUUAUCGGGCGGACAGCAACAAAGAGUUUCGGUGGCCCGGGCGCUUUCGAAAAAUCCGACCAUUAUUUUUGCCGACGAGCCGACUGGUUCGCUUGACCAAAAAACUACUUUGAAAGUGAUCCGACUUUUAGCUAGCAUUAACAAGAAGUACGGAACAACUAUUAUCGUCGUCACCCACGACGAGCAGUGA